AUGGUUUCCAGUAGCAUCUCCAAGGGUGAAACGAAGACCAUCAAGAGAUGUUACGAGUUCCUUGCUAGUGUCUUUAUCCAAGGCCCCACUACUAAUGAACCCUGCAAGGAGGUCCUCGAGAAAUCUUCGGCUGAGCUCUUUAGGGUCUAUAGCCCACCUUUAUAUAAGCCAAUGUCUUUGAGAGACUUGGUGACAACCCAUAACCUUUUCAAGUUUGGGCUAGGCCCAGUCUCUACUAUAGAGGUUAUCGUUGGUCCUAUUGUAGAGGUUGCUGUAGAAGUCCCAGGCAAUUGGAGAGGAGGCAGAGAAGGGGAUGUUUCUUCUUCUUGGAAGAGGCUUCGAGGGUCAUCAUUCUCAUCCGCUCCCCUCUUUCUCAACAACCAUUGA